AGAAGAACUCAAACCUGCCUCGAAGAAAAAGACACUGGAAGGAUCAUGGCGGAGGAGAAGAAAGAUGCCCGAUCAGGGAAAGCUCCUAGAAAAGAGUCUCAGCCUCUUAUUAUCGCCAAAACUCCAGCAGAGGAGCAGCGCUUGAAGUUGGAGAGAUUGAUGCGAAAUCCCGAUAAACCUGCACCCAUACCAGAGAGACCCAAGGACUGGAAUCCACGCGCUCCACCAGAGUUUGUGCGGGAUGUGAUGGGUUCCAGUGCUGGCGCAGGCAGUGGUGAAUUCCAUGUGUAUAGACAUCUGCGCCGUCGAGAGUAUCAGAGACAAGACUUCCUGGAGCGAAUAUCUGACAAGCAAAAGCUGGAUGAAGAUUAUAUUGCGAAGGUGAAAGAAAACCAAGAGGCUGCUGUGGAAAGGACAGCCAAACGCAGAAAGAAGAGGGAAAAGUUGAAGCAAAAGAAGUUGAUGGCAAAGAAAGCCAAGAUGGAGAGCCAGAAAGAAGGCUCAGAGUCGUCGUCGUCAUCUUCGGCUUCUGAAGCAGAGGAACGAGAUGAUGAUGCAGAAGUGCCCAGCUUCAUCAUGGGGAAGAGGUGAACGAAUGAAGGAAUGGAAAUAUCCAGCAUAUAUUACCAUGUGAUGCCAAAAACACCUCAAGCAGAGAACAAUUAUCAAAUCGUGUUCUGACAACACUGUUUGAAAUGUUUCAGAAGUGCUCUGGCAUCCUUUCUGGUUGAUGUUAAACGCUUGAGGUUGAUAUGUUCUGAUGUUCAACACUUGACUUGGACCUUUGAAAGGCUGUAUGUUUUUCUUCACUGGAGUGUCGAUAAAAUAAUUUGGUAAUGCUUUACUUGAAGCCUUCAUAUAUAAUGCAUUUUAAAAGUGUUUUUAAAGCAUUAAUUAUGCUUGUAAUGGACCUUAAUCUUUUUAAUAAUUGAAAUCUCAGUUAUAAUAUCCUAAUACUUAUCUAUUCAUUGAACACACCUUUAGAAAAGGUUGCAUUGAAAAACACGACAAACAAUACUUUGGUUACA